GGGCGACUUAGCUCCCGCACUUAGGGAGAGGUGUCUGCAGAGCCCCUGUCGGGCUGGAAGCCAGCAUGAACAAACUGGUGCCAACGUGCGUGGCGGCUGCUGGGGAGGAGAGGCUGCUUUGCAAGCUACAGCGAGGAGCCGGCGGAAAGGAACCGGGGCACGAAUUUGCAUCCACCCCCCCAAAAAAAAACCAACCCCCCCAGUCCUGCUCCCGCCCGCCCGCUCUGGGAAGGGGGAGCAGCGGCGGAAAGGAGCAUUUGCCACCCGAGAAACGGCUCUGUCCCUCCCUGGGAAGGAAAAGCAGCAGGAGAAUUUCGCCCCGGCUCCUCCAGGAGAAGACUUCGCAGGCGAGAGGAGUUGCAGAGGGAGGGGGCUUUGCUCCUGGCUUCUUGGGGUGCAGCCUUGGGGGGCGGCCGGGGCGGAUUCCCCCCGAAAGACAAACUGCUUGGAUAAAGCCCGUACAAGUUUGUUUUUUCUUUUUUUCUGAUGCAUUUGCUUGCACCUUCUUCCUCUGCUGUCUGGUGAACCCAACCCUCCCCGCCCCUCCCGCCCUCCCCGAGCAUGGAUCAUUCCCAGUGCCUUGUGACUAUUUACGCCUUGGCGGUUCUGCUGGGUCUCCGGAUAGAGCAAGGCGCUAGCCAGCAUUAUCUCCACAUCCGCCCGGCGCCCAGCGACAACUUGCCCCUGGUGGAUCUAAUCGAGCACCCGGACCCUAUCUUUGACCCCAAGGAGAAGGAUCUUAACGAGACCUUGCUGCGGAGUCUCAUGGGCGGACACUUCGACCCUAACUUUAUGGCUGUCUCCUUGCCCGAGGACCGGCUAGGGGUGGACGAUCUGGGCGAGCUGGACUUGCUUCUCAGGCAGAGACCCUCGGGGGCGAUGCCCAGCGACAUCAAAGGGCUGGAGUUUUACGAGGGGCUGCAGCCGGGCAAAAAACACAGGCUGGCCAAAAAACUGCGCAGGAAACUGCAGAUGUGGCUCUGGUCCCAGACCUUCUGCCCAGUCCUCUACACGUGGACCGACCUUGGCAGCCGCUUUUGGCCCCGCUAUGUCAAAGUGGGCAGCUGCUACAGUAAAAGGUCUUGUUCGGUCCCAGAAGGCAUGGUUUGCAAGCCUGCCAAGUCGGUGCAUUUAACGAUCUUGAGGUGGAGAUGCCAGCGCCGGGGGGGGCAGAGGUGCACAUGGAUACCCAUUCAGUACCCCAUCAUUUCGGAGUGCAAAUGCUCCUGCUAGGACUUGCACUUACGCCCUCCCGCCCCCCCCAACCCCGAAACCGGACUCCCCUGGUGGACUUUGCUGCCCAUCCAUCCCUAAAAAAAAAAAGACAAUUGCUUUCUGGUUAACGUUGUAAUGCACUGUAACGUGUAGGAGAAUGUAUAUGUGUGUGUAUAUAUGGCACCGUUUUAAUUUACUAUUAAAAGGUCAGUAUUAUACGUGAAAUAAUCCGCGUCUACUGUAUUUUUGAGACUAUUAUCCUGGUCGUUGCUAAUGUAUCUUUUUAUUUCUUGUAUUUAUAUGCCAGAGAGAGAUCGCUUUGCUUUGGCGAAGCAAGUUUUUUUUUUAAAUAAAAGGAUUCAAAAACAAACCAAACUUUUGAUGAGAAGACGUUUUAAAGCUAUUUUCCAUUCUUCGGAAAGUGUGUGUGUGUUUAAUGGACUUCAGAGUUUAAAAAUUAAUAAACGCCUAGAGCACAACGUUAUUGUAAAUGGAGAGAACCAAGUUGAAUGACUUAAUCCUAUGUCAAUGAAGAGUAUCUGCUAUUUAUUCGUUAUAUCCUUGUAGUAAAAGUGCAGCGCAGA